AUGCUGCUGGCAACAUUGGUAUUCUUUUUGGAUACGGAAAUGGUCUUUUCGCUGAACAAACUAUUCUUUUCUAUGGAUUCGAAAUAUAAUCCAUAUUCAGUUGCCAUCAAUGACUUUAGCGAUGAUUCAUAUUUGGACAUUGCUACUGUUGAUUAUAAUUAUAAUUAUUUAGAUAUUAUUCUUACACAUAAAAGCUACAGUUUUCGAAAUCAAAUUAGUUAUGCAACAACUGGUCUUGAUUCUUAUCCUGAAUCUGUCUACUUAGCUGAUUUUGACAAUGAUAAUCAAUUAGAUAUGGUCGUAGCUAAUUCUUGGACAAAUGAUAUUAUUGUUUUUCUUCGAUAUAAUAACAAUACGUUUUCAAAUCAACAAAGAUAUUCGACUGGAAGUUCUUCAAAUCCAACUAAUGUUAUAAGUGGUGAUUUUAAUAAUGAUAAUCAUUUGGAUAUAGCUGUUGUCAACUAUGGAACUAAUACAAUGGGUAUUUUCCUUAAUUAUGGUAAUGGAAUUUUCUUAAGUCAAACUACAUAUUCAACUGGUAGUAAUUCCCAAUCUUUUGCACUUACUAGUGAUUAUUUUAACAAUGAUCAAUGGAUAGAUAUUGUUGUUGUUAAUUAUCAAACUGGAAAUAUUUGUAUUUUUCUUGGACAAGGUGACGAAUCAUUCAUAAAUCAAAUAAUAUACUCAACGAAUAGAAAUGCUCAACCAUAUGAUAUUAUUGUUAAUGAUUUUAAUAACGAUAAUUGUACAGAUAUUGCUGUUGUUAAUUACGCAAUGAAUAGUAUAAGUGUUUUUAUUGGAUUAUGUGAUGUAAAUGGUGACAAAUUACAUGAUAUUAUUGUGGCUAAUUAUGAUAGUAAUACCAUAGGUAUCUUAUAUGGUUAUGGUAAUGACAGCUGUAAAUUAAACAUCAUUAUGUCGACUGGUAGUUCUAGUGGACCGUUCAGAAUUCGUGUAGCUGAUAUUAAUAAUGACACAUUACCAGAUAUUCUUGUUACCAAUUAUCUUUCCAAUAAUAUUGGAAUUUUUUUCGAUCAAGUCAACAAUAGUCUUUCCACUCAAAUGAUCUAUUCGACGGGAAGUAAUUCGAAUCCAUAUUCUAUCGCUGUUGGCGACAUCAAUCAAGAUGGGUAUUUUGACAUUGUUGUAGCAAACUAUGGUACUAGUUCUACUGGUACUAAUUCUUAUCCGUAUUCGGUUGCAAUUGGUGACUUUAAUGAUGAUCUGAUAUUAGAUAUUGUAGUCGCUAAUUCUGGAUCGAAUGAUAUCGGUAUUUUCAUAGGAUUUGAUGAUGGUACUUUUUCUAGUUGGGCUACAUAUUCAACUGGCGCUGAUCCGAAACCAUAUGCUGUCGCACUUGGCGAUUUGAAUAGCGAUGACAAAUUAGAUAUUGUCGUUACAAACUAUGGCGGUGAUACGACUGGAAUUUUUCAAGGCUUCGGCAAUGGUUCAUUUGUCAAUCAAAGAGCUGUUGUCAUUGAAGAAUAUUGUGCACCGCGUUCGGUUGUUCUCAACGAUCUGAACAAUGAUGGACAUCUAGAUAUUGUGAUAGGUUGCUAUGAUACUGAAAGUGUCGCCAUAUUUCUUGGAUAUGGGAAUAGUACCUUAGAAAUAACGGUUGAGAACGUUUGA